AAGGAAGGAGAGAAGGAGAGAAGAAGAGAGAAAAUUCGUUCAUGCUUCAAGAGAAACUCCAUUUUUUCCACUCAAAAUGAUAGUAUGGCUGAAACAGUUGCAGGCCGCGUACGGGUUUACGUUCCUAUGGCUUAUCUCUUUGGUUUACUUCAUUCAGGGUUUCAGAUCAUUUGUAUGGACUGCAGUUUCUUAUCAACUGAAAGACAACCUUAAUUUGUCACCUUCAGCCUCUCAGCUUGUGUUUUCUGUAUCAUUUUUCCCAUGGAGUAUAAAGCCCCUUUAUGGAAUAGUGUCGGAUUGUAUUCCUAUAAGAGGGAGGAAAAGGAUUCCAUACUUAGUCAUCUCAACCAUACUCUCUCUGUUCCCAUGGCUAAUUCUAGGGCUAAAAGCAUCUCUGAGGAGUUACAGUGGACCUCUUAUGAUUAUUUUAACUGUGCAAAACUUAGGUUCAGCAAUGACAGAUGUUGUGGUUGAUGCAAUGAUUGCUGAAGCAGUACGGUGUGAUCGGGCAGCAUUUGCUGGAGACCUUCAGUCAAUGUCUUGGUUGGCAAUGGCUGUUGGAGGAAUCUGCGGGAGUUUGUUAGGUGGAUUCGCACUUACCAACUUACAGAUAGAGACGAUUUUUCUACUUUUCUCUAUACUCCCAGCCAUGCAAUUAUUAUCAUGUGGUUUGGUUGAAGAAGAUUCUUUAGGUGUCAAAGGUCUUCUGGAGCUUAGUAACUCAAGAAGCUCUCAUAGAGAGGAUAGAAAUGGUAGCAUCUCAGAUUCUGACGAUUCAUCAGUCAAAAAUUCCAAGGCAAGUACUACAAGGAGAAAAAAGAGCCAUAAAAACAGCAAAAAACGAAAAUUCAUCUCAACUGGAUCUGAAACUCUGCAAAAGGAUGGUUCCUUGGCUGAACAGUGGUUCCAGUCUCUAAAAUCAGCAAUUUAUAGUUUGUGUCGGGCAUUUGGGCAACCCAUCAUCCUCAGACCAAUGACUUGGUUUUUCUUAGCACAUGUCACUGUUCCAAACCUGUCGUCGGUCAUGUUCUAUUACCAGACCGAAUUCUUAAACUUGGAUGCAUCCUUUCUGGGUACUUCACGCAUUGUUGGGUGGUUAGGCCUUAUGGUUGGAACCUUCAUUUUCAAUCGCUUCAUGAGGAACAUGAAGUUAAGAAGAAUUCUCAUGUUGGCCCAUGUUGGUCUUGCUAUUUUGAGUCUCCUCGAUAUCGCUCUAGUGUCUCGAGUGAAUGUUUCAUUUGGCAUCUCAGAUAAAAUUAUGGUUCUAUGUGGGUCUGCUCUUGCCGAUGCAGUCAAUCAAUUUAAGUUUAUGCCAUUCCUGAUACUCUCUGGACAGCUUUGUCCACCAGGUAUUGAGGGGACCCUAUUUGCGCUCUUCAUGUCCAUAAAUAACCUUGGAUCCACAUUGGGAUCAUUUGUAGGUGCUGGUUUGGCCUCUGUGCUGAACAUCUCAUCGGGUUCCUUCGACAACCUUCUGUUAGGAAUAUUUGUUCAAGUGAUCUGCAUAUUCAUCCCAAUUGGAUUCUUAUUCUUGAUACCAAAAGAAGCCAUAGGGAUAACAGCUUAGUUGUGGACUACUUUUUCUUCUUUCUGGGAGUGAAGUAUCUUAUACACACUGGAGGAGAGUGAAAGUGACAACUAUUGGCCUCAGAAUUCUAACUUAGCUUUGGAAGUAAUUUUUGUUAGUUGUUAACUAAUAGAAUUGGCUAAAAUGUUUUGAGAUUGUUUUAGCAGUUUAAUCUUUGGCAUAUAUUAAUGUUAUUAGCUGUUGAAGUUUGUAGGGCAAUGUGGGUAGACACUCCCAGUGAUACAAAGUUGUAAUGAGCCUACUUCAUGAGAAGUGAAUGAUGUGUACAGAAGCAAUUAUUUAAGUUAUAUUGAAAUUCAUGAGAUUAGU